ACCCCAUUAAAACACGACCAAAGUUCCAGUCCCUCUCUCUCGCCGGGUUGCAGAAUCUGUACGACGGAGAAGAACAGUGAACAAUCUCCCUCAGCCAAUCCUCGAUCGUAGUCUGGUUUCUGAGAAUUGAAGCUUCUCUCUGGCGGCGAUGGACGACAGCAACGGCGGCAACAUCACGGCCAGCAAUGUGGCACGGGCGAUUCUCGCCGUCCUCGAUUAUAACUCCACGCCCGACGCUCGCAAAGCCGCCGUCGCAUUCCUGGAAUCUAUAAAAUCUGGAGAUAUUAGGGUUUUGGCCAGUAUUUCCUUUCUUCUUGUCAAAAAGGAUUGGUCUUCAGAGAUUCGUUUGCAUGCCUUCAAAAUGUUACAGCAUUUGGUUAGACUACGGUGGGAGCUGUUGAGCCCCCAAGAGCGCAGGAAUUUUGCUAAUGUGUCUGUUGAGUUAAUGUCCGAGGUUGCUAAUCCAUGUGAGGAAUGGCCCCUUAAGAGUCAAACAGCUGCCCUUGUUGCUGAGAUAGUUAGAAGAGAAGGCCCUAAUCUUUGGCAGGAGUUGUUUCCAUCCCUAGCUUCCUUGUCUACCCAGGGUCCAUUACAGGCUGAACUGGUUGCGAUGAUGCUGAGAUGGCUUCCUGAAGAUAUUACAGUUCACAAUGAAGACUUGGAAGGUGACAGGCGUAGGCUUCUGCUGCGUGGGCUGACUCAAUCUUUGCCUGAGAUUUUACCUUUAUUGUAUAAUCUUCUUGAAAGUCACUUUGGAGCUGCGAUGAAUGAAGCAAAUCGUCAACAAGUUGACUUAGCGAAACAGCAUGCAGCCGCAGUUAUAGCUUGUUUAAAUGCCAUCAAUGCAUAUGCAGAAUGGGCUCCUGUACCAGAUCUUGCUUCAUAUGGAAUUGUCAAUGGGUGUGGCUUCUUACUUUCUUCUCCUGACUUCCGUCUUCAUGCUUGCGAGUUUUUCAAACUUGUGUGCUCAAGAAAAAGACCCAGUGAUGCUUCUGGUGCUGAAUAUGAUUCUGCAAUCAGCAGUGUCUUUCAGAUUUUGAUGAAUGUCUCCAGAGAAUUCUUACACCAGUCGGCCUCAAAUGCUGGGGUUAUCGAUGACAGUGGUUAUGAGUUCGCUGAGUGUAUAUGUGAAAGUCUGGUCUCUUUAGGUUCAAUGAGCUUACAAUGUAUUGCCACAGAUAGCAAUGCUCUAGCUCUAUACUUGCAACAGAUGCUUGGUUAUUUCCAACACUUCAAGUUGGGUCUUCACUUUGAAGCACUGCUCUUCUGGGUGGCAUUGCUGAGAGAUUUACUGUCAAAGCCCAAGGCUUCUGCUAAUCCAAGCGGAGAUGGAUCAGCAGUUGGUGAUGGCGACAGUUCAGGACAGACCAAUAAUGAAAAGAAGAAGAUUUUAAGUCUUAUUAAUGAUGAUAUCUCUAGUUCAAUCCUGGAUGUAUCGUUCCAGCGGAUGCUCAAGAAAGAGAAAGUCCCUCCUGGAAUUGUGCCUUCUCUUGGACCACUAGAAUUGUGGAGUGAUGAGUUUGAAGGAAAGGGAGACUUUGGACAGUACCGAUCAAGGCUUUUGGAAUUAGUCAAGCUUAUUUCUUCUCACAAGCCCCUCAUUGCCAGUACUAAAAUAUCUGAAAGGGUUGUCAUGCUCAUUAGGAAUCUAUUGGUUUCUCCGGCACCACUUCAGGACCUAGCGGUGCUUGACGGCCAGCAAUUGGCUCUGGAAUGUAUUGUGGGAGUAGUUUUUGAUGGGUUGAACGAAUUUGCUGGUGGUAGUGCUGAAGUCCAUUUUGCAUUGCGUGGAAUAUUUGAAGGGUUGCUUCAGCAGCUUCUCACUUUGAAAUGGACAGAACCAGAACUUAUAAAAGUGCUUGGGCAUUAUUUAGAUGCGAUGGGUCCUUUUCUCAAGUAUUUUCCAGAUGCAGUUGGAAGUGUUAUCAACAAAUUGUUUGAACUUCUUACCUGUCUACCACACAUUGUGAAGGAUCCAGCGACUAGUACUGCUAGAAUUGCUAGAUUACAGAUUUGUACAUCUUUUAUACGCAUAGCAAAAGCUGCUGACAAAAGCAUUCUGCCUCACAUGAAGGGUAUAGCUGAUACAAUGGGUUAUUUGCAAAGAGAAGGAACCUUGCUCCGUGGGGAGCACAACAUAUUGGGUGAAGCAUUUCUUGUGAUGGCUUCUGCAGCUGGACCUCAACAGCAGCAAGAAAUUCUUGUUUGGUUACUGGAACCAUUGAGCCAACAGUGGAUCCAAUCAGAGUGGCAGAACAAUUACCUAUCUGACCCUAUGGGUCUUGUUCGUUUAUGCUCCAACACACCCUUCAUGUGGUCUAUAUUCCACACAGUUACUUUCUUUGAGAAGGCACUCAAGAGAAGUGGAUAUAGAAAAGGCAACUCGAACACACCCACUUCAACUAGUCCGGCUUUGCAUCCUAUGGCUUCUCACCUUUCUUGGAUGUUGCCACCUCUCAUAAAACUGCUCCGUGUUAUCCAUUACAUUUGGUCUCCCUCUGUAUAUCAAACAUUACCCACAGAAAUUAGAGCAGCAAUGACAAUGACUGAUGUUGAGCGACGCAGUCUUCUUGGAGAAGCAAAUCCUAAACUGCCAAAAGGCUCAUCGAUUUAUGUGGAUGGAUCUCUCGAUAAGGAAGGAAAUCCCGAGGUGAAUGAAUCUGAUAUACGAAAUUGGUUGAAAGGAAUCCGGGAUAGUGGAUAUUAUGUAUUGGGUCUGUCAGCAACCAUAGGAGACACGUUCUUCAAAUGCUUAGAUCCUAAUUAUGUUGCGGUGGCACUCAUGGAAAACUUACAGUCAAUGGAGUUCAGGCACAUACGACAGCUUAUUCAUUCAUUUGUAGUCCAUCUAGUGAAAUCCUGCCCGGCGGAUAUGUGGGAGUCUUGGCUUGAAAUCCUCCUGCACCCACUAUUUGUUCAUUGUCAGCAAGCUGUUAGCUCCUCUUGGUCUGGCCUCCUGCAUGAGGGCAGAGCCAAGGUUCCAGAUUCCUUCGGCGUACAAAGUGGCCCGGACUUGAAACUCGAAGUUAUGGAGGAAAAGCUGCUAAGAGAUUUAACCAGGGAGAUUGGUUCUCUCCUUUCAAUAAUGGCAUCUCCUGGAUUGAACAAUGGGCUUCCUGUUUUGGAGCAAUCAGGCCACGUCGGUAGUGUGGACAUGUCUUGUCUCAAGGAUUUGCAUGCUUUCAGAUCCAACUCUAUGGUGGGUUUCCUUCUGAAUCACAAGAACGUGGCUUUACCGGCGUUGCAGAUCUGUUUAGAAGUCUUCACAUGGACCGAUGGGGAAACAACCACAAAAGUAUGUUGCUUUUGUGGGGUUGUUGUUCAUCUGGCCAUACUGACCGAUAAUGUGGAGCUCAGAGAAUUUGUGUCGAAAGAUUUGUUCUCUGCAGUAAUCAGGGGCUUAGCAAUGGAGUCUAAUGCAGUGAACAGCGCUGAUUUGGUUAAUCUAUGCAGAGAAAUAUUUAUCUAUCUUUCUGAUAGAGACCCAUCUCCCCGACAGGUGUUGAUGUCACUCCCGUGUCUGUCUGAAAAAGACAUGAAAGCAUUUGAAGAAGCGGUGGGGAAAACAUCAAGCCCAAAAGAGCAGAAGCAGCUGAUGAGGAGCUUGUUAUUGGUAGCUUCAGGGAGUAACCUGAGAGCUCUUUCUGCUCAGAAAUCCCUCAAUGUGAUCACCAAUGUCACCUCAAGGACACGAAGUGCUUCUUCAGAAACUAAAGAAGACGAAGGGGAUACAAUUGGACUGGCCAGUGUUUUGUGAGAACAAAGAGAGUUGUUGUUGUUGUUGUAUAUGCAAAAUAUAAAUUAAUCGAGAAGGAAGAGUUUUUUUUUAUAAAAAAAAAAGAGAGAGAGAGAGGAGCAUCAUGUGCAAGGUUGGUCACACACACACACACACAUAUAAGAGGAGAGGAGCUCCUUGGGGGAACCGGCACUUAUGUGUUGUUCAUCAUGUGCUUAAAUCCCCUUGUAAGCUUUGUGUUUUUUUUUUAUUACCUUACACGAUGCUUUUUUGUGUG